AUGACUCCUCUUCGUCAAUUGUCUCUCAGUUGGGUCGCAAUCACGGUCAUUGUGGCUCAACUGGCCUUCGGAUUCCUGCCGAGCGACCUCGAGCGAGUAGUUGCCAGUACGAGGGACGAAGUCCUCUCGCGUCGGCCCUCGUCAAGCUUGAGCCCCCAGCAGGUCGAAGCUGAGCUUGCUGAACACGAACCCCUCCAAUGGGAGCACUUGGUCACACAGGAUGACAUGGCGCGCGUAUAUCCAUACGCGCCGGCGUCAGGAAUCGAGUACCAGGCUGCAAAGGGGCUCGACAAGGACAUGAGCCUGCUCCAGCAUGACUUCGAGUACAUCGCCAAACACCCCUAUCGCCAAUUGACCCAGGCUGAAGUUCGCGAUGCUUUGCACGCCUUCAUGAAGACGAUUUUGGACGCAACCGGCUGGCAUAAGGUAGGGCUCGAAGAAAAAGCUUGGCCACACGAUGGUCGCCCGAGUGAGGCAGACUUUGAUAAGUUCCUGGAGCAAGCGACCAGGCGUGGACUGUCUUUUGGGAUGUGGCCCAUUGAGGUUGGCAAUCGCCGAUACUUGAUGGCUCAACUCCUCGCCCAAACGCCGGAAUUUCGGGCUGUACACGGAUUCAACACCGCGACUUCGAAUCAUAUCUACCUUGGUGUCUGGGAAGAGGUCGGCGCGCCUAAGUCUCAUAUCUUCCAGUAUCUUGGAGCCUUCAACUAUCUGACUCCGCGUCGCUUCCACGGAUUCAAGAAAGAGACGCUCAAGGACACUGCUAGGGGCGUCAACCGCAUUCGUAUGUGGGGAUCAUCGCUCAUGUAUGUCAAGUUUGCGGACGAGGUGCGGGCUCCGGUUUACCUCGACCGUCCUUCUACGUAG